CGCAGCGAGGCAGCGCGGGGGCGAGUAACGGACGGACGGCCGGAGCGGAGCUGAGGGGCGGCCCCGGGCCCCGGACCCCGGACCCCGGACUCCGGACUCCCGGCGAGCCUGCGCCACCCGGCCCAGCCCCGGGAGCAGCGGAUGGGAGUUGACGGCGGUCGGGCGGGCGAUGGGCAGCGGCCGGAGGCGGCGGAGUGCUCCCCGGCAGCGAUGCUGAGCAGGAAGGCGGCGGCCGCGGCCCGAUUUGGGGAUGACUUGUUUGACUCUUGUUUGCAUGUAGACCAGGCUGAAGUCCAAACUUCAAGCACAGACAAAGGAAGCCCUGUGGGAUUACCAUCUCUUAAUAGCUUAACGAUUGGCAAGAGUACAAUGAGAGACCAUCUGCCAGCUACAUGUCGGACUCAGGUCAAGGUGCAACAUUUGUUUGAAGAUGCUGGAAACAGGCGAAGUAAUGCAACUUUGCACCAUUCGGAAUCCCGUACUUGUAGACCAGUGCUACCGUCGCUUAAAGAUAAGUGCCUGGAUAGUUCAGCUUUGUCUAAAUCAGACGGCAUUUUACUGAAAUCAAAAAAUGCUAUAUCACCGACCCAAGCCAUGAAACUGCACAUGCACAAGCUGACUUCCUUUGAACAUCAGGAAAUUUUCAACUAUCCUGAAAUUUACUUCAUGGGUUUAAAUGCAAAAAAGCGGCAAGGUGUUGUAGGUGGAUCAAACAACUGUGGCUAUGAUGAUGAUCAUGCAGCUUACAUUCUUCUUCCUCACGACCAUAUAGCAUAUAGAUAUGAAAUACUUAAAGUUAUCGGGAAGGGAAGCUUUGGGCAGGUGGCAAAGGUAUAUGACCAUAAAACACGGCAGCACCUUGCAUUGAAGAUGGUGCGAAAUGAGAAGCGGUUCCAUCGGCAAGCGGCAGAGGAGAUCCGAAUCCUGGAGCACUUGAGGAAGCAGGACAAGAACCUGCAGAUGAACAUUAUCCACAUGCUGGAGAACUUCACUUUCCGCAACCACACCUGCAUGACCUUUGAACUGCUAAGCAUGAACCUGUAUGAACUGAUUAAACGAAACAAGUUUCAGGGAUUCAGCCUUCAGCUGGUACGAAAAUUUGCCCAUUCCAUCCUUCAGUGCCUGGAAGCCUUGCACAAGAAUCGAAUAAUUCAUUGUGAUUUGAAGCCAGAGAAUAUUUUACUAAAACAACAAGGCCGUAGUGGUAUCAAAGUGAUUGAUUUUGGGUCCAGCUGCUAUGAGCAUCAGCGUGUCUUCACGUAUAUCCAGUCACGGUUUUAUCGAGCUCCUGAGGUUAUCCUUGGCUCACGUUAUGGUAUGCCCAUUGACAUGUGGAGUUUCGGUUGUAUCCUUGCUGAACUAUUGACUGGGUACCCUCUCUUUCCAGGAGAAGAUGAAGGUGAUCAGUUGGCUUGUAUCUUAGAACUUUUAGGGUUACCACCUCAAAGGAUGUUGGAUCACUGCAAGCGAGCCAAGAACUUCUUCAACUCCAAGAAUCAACCUCGCUAUUGCACUAUCACCACACUUCCAGACAGCACAGUGGUUCUGAAUGGUGGUCGUUCUAGAAGAGGUAAGGUGCGAGGGCCACCAGGUAGCAAGGCCUGGGUGGUAGCCUUGAAGGGUUGUGAUGAUGCACAAUUCAUCAGCUUCCUGAAGAAAUGUUUGGAGUGGGAGCCAUCAUGUCGCCUAACACCUUCCCAGGCUUUGAGGCAGCCGUGGCUAACGAGACGUUUACCCAAAGCGUCCACUGUGGAAAAGCCAACUCCAGUGAAAUGUACACCAGAUGGUUCCUUGCCUGGAAUUAUUUCCAAGUUGCCCUCAACUAUUGGCCCAUCUGGCAAACUAAGGACCAAUUUGGUACAAGUGGCUGAUUCAAAUGGAAAUAGUAUACCUCUACGUACUGUGCUUCCAAAAUUAGUUAGCUAAUGCUAUGGUGUGCUGCAAAUUAAACCCAAGAACAUGUGUCAAUUGAAAAAGUUUCUUUAUAUAGGUCUUUUUCCGGGCAAAAUGUUUAGCAGAUAUUCAUUAUGUAUUUCAACUCUGAAGGUCAUUUCCAAGUUGCAUUAAAGUGCAUAAAAUUAUUCUUUA